CCUGACAGUUUGAUUGUGGUUCGUCAGGACAGCCCAACGACGCGCUUUCUGCACAGCUGCACGAUGCCGAGUUCAUGCAGAGAAUUAAGAGACGCACUGGCGCAAUGCCUGCAAGAAUCAGAUUGCAUCAUGGUCCAGCGGCACACCCCGCGUGAAUGCUUGAGCACCCCCUCGUCGAUGAGCUGCCUAUGAAAUGCCAACAGUUGCGGAAAGGAUUCAGCGAGUGCAAGCGAGGGUUGAUCGACAUGCGAAAGCGAUUCCGUGGAAAUCAGCCCAUUUCAGUUUCCAGGGAGCUCGAAGGAGGCAAAUCCCUAUCCCACCAGCAACUAUACGCCGGCAAGCCCGCCUUCGAAACCGUUAAGGAGAUUAGCGGGAAUGAAGUUCAGAUGGACCCCGAGAAGACUAGGGGACUAUAAGUUUUCAAGCUCGCGACUCACUAGGCUGGCGAAAUGCCUAGAUCCGCUGUCCUGAAUUUUAUAACACGGCAUUUGAUCUUACCUCCUGGCAUCGUUUGGAGUUCCCAGUUGGCGGAAUGUUUGUGUCUCCGGAUUUUGUGUAACACUACUGGCUUAUGGCAUAUGACUGUACAUACUUUUGAAUUAUGGGUUUCCGGCGCAAGUACACGCUUCAUUGCGAACUAUCAUUCGUUGAGAUUUUAC